AUGGCUCCCCGCAUUCAUCUUGUUCGACAUGCUGAAGGCCAUCAUCAGCUCGAGCCGACGUCCAAAAACGAGCUCAUCCAUGAUCCGAGUCUGACUGACAACGGCGUCAAGAAUUGUCGACAGUUCCGUUCGAGUUUCCCUGAUUACGUCCAUCUGGACUUGAUUUGCGCAUCUCCCAUGCGUCGUGCCAUCCAAACGGCAACGUACUGCUUCAAAUCUCAAUUGGAGGAAGUUGGACCCCUCCUUCUUCUACCUCUGGCGCAGGAGAUAACGGAUGUACCGUCGGAUACAGGAAGCUCACCAGAGGCACUAGUGAAGGAAUUUGGAGCCGUCAUCAACGCCUCCAUGGUCGAGGAAGGGUGGAACUCAAAGACCGGGAUUUACGCGUUCACUUAUGAAGCCGUCAGAGAGCGAGCUAGAGACCUACGAGAGUGGCUCAAACAGAGGCCAGAGAAAGAUUUGGCAAUUGUGGGCCACGGAGCGUUCUGGCACUAUCUCACAGGAGAUGUCGACGAGCUCGGCAAUCAGAAAGGUCCGUAUUGGAAUAAUGUAGAGUGGCGAUCGUAUCACUUUUCUGAAAAUGGGGGUGUCGAGUUAAAGGAAGACAAGGAUUCGGUCAUGAGGCGACAGAUGUUCAAUCAUGAGAAGGAAAUCGACGAAGAGGUCAAAUAUUGA